ACAUGUCCUAGAUUCGGAUAUCAAAAAACAUUCUCCAAAAGCCCGGCAGCUUUCGUCACUUAAAAAAUUGUAUUUUAUUUGAAACAUUGGAAAACGUCUGUUUUCCAUGCUGACAAGGGUUGGUCUGUUUGUCCGGAGCUGGCAACCCACAAGACUGCGCCAGGCUUCACUUGUCUGGUUUGGCAAUGCUCUUCCUAACACCUACUAUAUAUGUGUGUGUCCUUUGUUUCUAGUCUUCUCUGGAAAUAUACCUGGUCAUGGGGAAAUACUAUCUUACUUGGAAACAGACGGGGGUUGGUGACAGGAAGGACACCAGGCUGUUUUUCUGUCUCAAGUGAUCCAGAUGACUUAACAUUACGAAAGGUUGAGAAAGAAAUCCUGAUACCUCAGAAAAUGAAAGAAAUUGCGAAGAGGGAACAUUGUAGCACUGAAGUUCAGAGUUUUGGUGAAUGCGCAAAACAAGCUGGUUUGCUUCUGACGUUUCAGUGUAGAGACAAAGCCAAUCUCCUUCAUACAUGCCUAUCAAAUAUGUACAAGAAGGAAGAAUUUGUUGAAAGGUGCACACAGGAAUAUCUGAAAGAUCGCACAGAAUAUCGUCGAACCGGAAAGAAAAAACUUAUAAAACGUGUUUAAAUAAUAGUUAUAUGAAUUUGUAUAUAAAAUUUAUUAAAACUGUU